CAAUAUGAUCGUAACCGGUUUUGGUUCGAGUCCGCGCAAUACGUCACGCGCCUACCCAUAUUAUCAAUAAUUCAUUAUAUAACAUAGAUACGUAAUAUUUACGUGCCUACGAAAGAUCUGAGUAUCUGACCGUCAAAGUUGUACGAUCAUACCAUGUUGUUUAUACCUACCGUGCGGCGUGAAGAAUAUUGCUAGUUGCCAGUGCAGUUUUUUAGCUGUAUGUCGAUGAUGUACUCGGCAGAGUGCCGAGUCAGCCGGUCUCACGAAUACUCCCGAUUCACAGACCACAGUCAACGUUCGAACGACGAACAUAGUCAUUUGUCAACAGUUCGGAACCCUGCAGUAUUAUAAUUUAUAGUGUGGUGGCACUCCAUAGUACCGCGUCCGUUGUGCGCAUUAUAAAGAAGGAGAACGCUAGUGUGUUUUUGUCGUUAUUUUAUUUUUACAAAUUGUGUUAUGCGUGUUUGUUAUUGGUGUUGUCGCUUCUUCUAAGUAUGGUGUUAUAUAAUUUGUGCCUAAUAAUUGCGGCGUUUGCUGCAGUCAUACAUUGUGAAGAUUGUAUUUUCAAUCUGAAACACAACGGAAAAGAUAUUCAGUUUGAUUUGAAUCGUUUCAAAGAAGUUCAAAAAGUGAAUUUCAACAAGUCUAAUGAUAUUUACUUAAAUAUAAAGUUAUGUAAAAGUAAUGAACAUAUAUCAACUUGCGAUGGAAUUAAGUCCAAAAUAUGCUUAGUUAAAUACAAAAGCACUAAAGCAGAUAUUGGAUCCAAAAUUAAAGAAGUGAAAUUAGAUGUUAAAGAUCAACUGGUUUUGUCUUUGGAAGGAAAUACUAUUUGUGAAAAAAAUCAAAAAUACUCGACAGAUCUAACGUUUACUUGCAAUAAACAUAUGAAUGAAAAUAAAAUGGAUUUUAAGCUAAAUGUAAAUCAUUGCAAGUAUGUUAUAGAAUUGACGUCUGCACUUGGUUGUCCAGUAGAUGAUUUGGAUAUAAGAAAUGUUUGUAAAGUUACAAUACCUCACAUCAAUUUUAAAUUUAAUUUGAAUCCUUUACGACGUUUAACCAUUAACUAUUUGGUUGAAAAUCAAAAUCGUCAAUUUGAGCUCAAUAUCUGUGGCCGUCUAACCGACAACAACAAAUGUGGUGGUAAUAUCACAACAAUAUGUGAUAUAACUGAUAUCAGAAAUCCUAAAGUGUAUGCCGUUGGAAAAUAUGCAAACGAUCAACUUCUGUAUGAUACAGAUAGUAAAAGCUUAAAAUUGAUCCAACACGAAAAAGCUACUAAAAAAAAAAAAGGGAGGAGAAUUGAAUUCAUUUUUAAGUGUGAUGAAAAUAUAGCACCUGAAAAAACAAAACCAAAAUUUUUAAAUGAAGAAAAUUACCAAGAUAAAACAAUUUUCCCAAAUAUUGCAUAUUUUGAAGUAGCUACAUCAGCUGUUUGUAUACCAAGAAUUAUAUCAUGCGAAGUAAUUACAAAAUAUACAGCUCGUUUCAAUUUAAAACCUUUACACAAGCGAGUAGACAAUUGGAAAAUUAUUAAUAAAAACAAUCGUGGAAUUUUUUACUUAAAUAUUUGUGGUUAUUUAAACGAAUAUGAUGGACAAAUUUCAACUACAUGUACAGUUGAUGGUAAAACUUCAGCUUGUUAUGUGGAUGGUUCAGGUAAAGGAAUUUCUAUUGGGUCAACUCAAAUAGGUCCUUACUACGAUGGAAAAUCAAUAAUAUUGAAUUAUACAGAUGGAGAUAAUUGUAGCAAUUCUUUGAAGUGGUCAACGGUUAUUAAUUUAACUUGUUCUAGUGAGACAAAACUCAUACAUGAAACAACAAAUUUCACUUUAUGUACCCAUGCAUUUAAUUGGAAAACACCUAAAGCAUGUGAAAUAUUGUUUGAGAGAAAAGAUCAGUGUAUGGUUACACACCCAUGGUAUUCUCAAACUGUGUACAAUAUCAGCAAUUUAAAAGAUCAGACGUUUGAAAAGAACAUUGAAGAUAAUGCAUCAUUUCGGUUUAGUAUUUGUGGUCCAUUACAAAAACCAUGUAAUGGUAUUUUAGAUUCAGCAGCAUGCUGGUCAGCUGGUGAAACUGAAAUGAACAUAGGGCUAUUUACUGAACAGAUAGUAUUUGAUAAUGGUUCCAUCUAUAUGUCCAUGCAUGGAGAAAAAUGUGUAAAUAAUGGACAGGGACCUAAUAGUCACACUAUUAUUCGAUUUGUGUGUGAUUACUUAGAUUCAAAAUGGAUUGAAUACAAAAAGGACUUUGAAGAAUGUACUUUUCAAUUCACCAUAAGUACAAAAUAUGCAUGUACACAGCCUUUAAAAAUUAAUUGUACUGUUGAUGAUCAAUUGGGAAAUAUUUUUGAUCUAAGUAAACUAACUAAAUUUAACAGUAAUUAUGAAAUAAUCACUAACCAAAAGAAAACAAUUAUUUUAAAUGUUUGUCAUUCUGUUAUUAAUAAUGAUAUUAAUGGUGUAAACUGUCAAUUCAAUAGUGGAGUCUGUUUAGUCGACCAUAAUAAUUUAUUAUAUUCUAACAGAUAUAAAAAUCUUGGGGAUGUAAAGGAAAGCCUUCAAAAAAAGGGAAAUAAAAUAAUAUUAGAAUUGAUGAAUGGUUUUUAUAAUAAUCACAAAGUUUCUUCAGUCAUUGAAUUUAUAUGUUCAAAUAAGAUUAAUGGUCCAGUAUUAACUGCAGAAGAAAAUCAUAAAUUUAUAUUCCAAUGGUUCACACCAUUGGUGUGUCCUAAUCAUCAACAUAUUAAAAAAAGAGAAAUAAUAAACAAUUAUAGUACAUUAAAGCCAACUUACAUACAAAUUGAUGGAUUAAACUAUACCAUAUAUAUUUGUCCCAAAAACAAUGAUUAUGUGAAUUUUAAUUCAGAAAUUUGUUUAAAUAAUAAAUCUUCACAUGGGCGAACAAUAAUUUUGUCUGUUAACAAACAGAAUAAAAUAUAUACUCUGCAAAACAAAUUGUAUUUUGAUCAUAAAACUAAUAUAGUUUGUGAUGUAAAUAGGAAUACAACAGUUCAAAUAAGGUUUAUGUUUUAUUGUGGGUAUAAGUUACAAAUACCUAAAGUUGCAAAAAAUAAUUGUACAACUAAUGUUCUCAGUAUCAAUCCAGAGAUAUGUGAUGACAAAUUGGAAUGCAAUGCGGGUUUGUAUGAUUUAACACCGAUUAAAGGAACUCAUAUAGUUAAUAUUAAUGAAAGAAAGUAUUAUAUUAACAUAUGUAUACCCGGAGCAGAAGGUAUUGGAGGAAUAAUGGAACUCAAUAAUAUAACUUAUAAUAUUGGUUAUCAAUUAACACCAUUUAAAACAAAUGAGGUGGAAACUGUUGAAAUGUCUUUUACAUAUGGAGAUAGUUGUUUUGAAUCAAGAUUAAAAUUUCCAAACACAAAGUAUUCUACUACAAUGAAAUUUAUAUGUGAUAUUACUGAAAAUGAAGGAAACCCAAUAUUUAAGGACUCUAAAAGCAAUUGCACAUUACAUUUUGAAUGGAAAACUAGUCUUGUAUGCAGCAGAAAAUUGGUUGAAUUUGAUAGGGAUAAGUGUGUUGCAACUGUUAAAAUAUCUAGUCAAAAUGUUAUAAACAAUAUAACUAACGAUUUGAAUAAUAUUUUGAGUGUUAAUAAUUUAAUUGAUGAUUCAACAAAAACAAAUUACCAAAUAGACUUCUGCAAUGGAUCUGUCAGUUUAAAUGGAUCGACAUUUUUUGGAAAUAUGAAUCUUGAAUAUGAUAUAUUUAAGAAACAAUUAAUUGCUAAUUUUCAAAAUACAAAUGAUAAAUAUUUCACAAAUGUAGAAAUUAUUGUUGCAUGCACCAAAUCAACAGAAAAAUUAUCAACAUUUCAAGUUAUUUCAACAAAUAAUGGAGUAAGAAUCACUACAUAUUCUAAAGGUGUGUGUUGUAUGGAUUUCGAUGAUUACACAUAUGAAGAUAUGUGUAAGACAUAUCAAUUAAUUUCUAUAUCAACUACAAAAACUGUUGAAAAUCAGCUAUCCAUGGGUUCUGAGAAUAACAAAUCAAUUGAAACUAAUAUAAAAAUUAAUUUAGAAUUUACUAAAAUAGAAGGAACGUACUUAUCGGUUACAGAACAAAUUGAAGAAUCUGUGACACUUGUUGAAAACUAUGAUACAACUUUACAACAGUUCUAUGGUAAAGAUGUGAUUUUUGAUAAUUUUACUGAUGUAUCAAUAAUUAAGAAAAAAGAAGUUUCUGGUACUUCAUUUUAUACAGUUAUAGUACUAAUGGUCUUAGUUUUAUUACCAUUAAUAUGGAUUUACCGAUCGAAGUUACUGAAGGAAAUAAAGACAAUUUCUUACACUCUGCCGUUUGUAAGUCAUUAAGCCAUCAAGCAUUGAAUAUUAUUGCCAGACGGAGACGAGGAAGUUAUAAUCGUAAUUUAAUGUAAAUUUUAAUUCUAAAUUUAUUUUAUUCUUUACAAGUGAUAUUGUUAAAAAAAAUGUUCCUUAAUAUUUUAAAAAGUUUCUCUUGUAAAUUUUGUCUGUUUUAAAAUUUAAUAUAAAAUUAAAAAUUUCUUUUGUACUUAGUUUUUCUUAGUGUACUUAUUUAUCCAAUGAAGAUUUGA